UGUUUCUCUCUAAAUAUUUUGUUGGAGAUAGUGAUUCUAUUAGUUAUAUACUUAUACAAAACCUCUGCUUACAAAACACGUUAAACCUUCUUGAAAUAGCGCUACAAUUUCCAUUUUCGAUAUGUACAUAGCCUUCUCCUUCCUAUAAAUAGAGAUAUAAAACGUCACAAAGUUACAUACUUCUUGUGCUCUAACUAGCUAAUAUAUAUUAUAGUGACCCUCACAUACAUAAAAGAGAAGAAAUAGUGAUAUGGGUGAGGAGGUGGAAGUGGUGGUGAGAGAGUUCGAGCCAAAUAAAGACAGAGAGGGAGUAGGAGCUGUUGAGAGGAUAUGCGAAGUUGGACCCAGUGGCAAGAUUUCCCUCUUCACCGACCUCCGCGGUGACCCUAUUUGCAGGGUCCGCCACUCACCUACUUUCUUCAUGCUAGUGGCUGAGAUAGGCAAUGAAAUAGUGGGCAUGACAAGAGGUUGCAUCAAAACCGUUACAUGCGGAAAGAAGCUCCAUAGACACGGAAAAAACAACACUGCUGACUCCACCGCCAAACAAGUCCCUGUCUACACCAAACUAGCCUACAUAUUAGGCCUUCGCGUUUCACCACUCUACAGGAGAAUGGGUAUAGGUCUCAAGCUUGUACGGGCGAUGGAGAAAUGGUUUAGAGACAACGGUGCAGAGUACUCAUACAUGGCAACGGAAAACAACAACGUUGCGUCCAUUAAUCUCUUCACCGACAAAUGCGGUUACUCAAAGUUCCGUACUCCGUCUAUUCUCGUCAAUCCCGUUUUCGAGCACCGGGUAAAAACCUCUUCCAAAAUCAAAAUCAUAAAGCUUGACCAAAACGACGCCGAAUCACUAUACCGACUCAGAUUCUCCACAACGGAGCUCUUCCCGCGCGACAUUGACUCUGUUCUUAACAACAAGCUCUCACUUGGAACCUUUUUGGCGGUUCCGAGAGGGGGUUACGGGCCUGACACGUGGCCCGGCCCGGCACAUUUUCUUGCUUCCCCGCCUCACUCCUGGGCCGUCCUCAGCAUUUGGAACUGCAAAGAAGUGUUCUCACUUGAGGUGAGAGGCGUGUCGCGCGUGAAGCGGGCUUUAGCGAAAAUGACACGUGUCGUUGAUCGGGCUUUCCCAUGGCUCGGGCUUCCUUCGAUACCGAAUUUCUUCAGGCCGUUCGGGUUUCAUUUCUUGUAUGGAGUUGGAGGGGAGGGACCUGAGGCGGUUAAGAUGGUUCGGGCUUUGUGUGGGUUUGCACACAACCUGGCGAAAGAGAAAGGGUGCGGGGCGGUGGCGACGGAGGUUUCGAGGCUGGAACCGCUGCGGUUAGGAGUGCCGCACUGGAAGAUGCUGUCGUGUGAGGAGGAUCUAUGGUGCAUAAAACGGUUAGGGGAGGAUUACAGUGACGGAUCAGUUGGUGACUGGACCAAAUCUCCCCCUGAUUUUUCAAUUUUCGUUGACCCUAGAGAGGUCUGAGUGAAUUCUGUCAAUACUUUCUCUUGAUUUUUAAUAUCAACCACCAAUUGUGAAGUUUAGAAUCACAUACAAGUCACAAUAAAAAUGAAUUUAGUUUGGUUUACUUUAUUUAAAUAGUUUUAACUUUGUUAGAUCUGUAAUGUAAUGAAGUCAAUUUGUUUCUUUAGUUCUUUUGUUUCUAAUGGAUGCUCAACUUUUAGAUUCUCUUCUUCCCUAACUGAAUUGUACUGUUUGUGUAACAGACGUGAAAAAUUUUUGUUUGUCAUUUAUAGGAUACGAGACUCUAUUAUUAUUAUAAAAAGAAGUGUGAUACAAA